AUGCCCACAGAAGUGCGGUCUUGGCUCGAAGGCUCUCCCACUGAGCUCCAUCUCCAGCCGCUGUGUUCCUUUCGAACACUCCUCCCAACUCCUGAUCGAGUUUUGGAAGCCAUCCCCGGGCAUCCCUGCCCAGCUGGGAGCCGGCGAUCUGGAAAUCUACGCUCAGCACGCUCAGCCCAACCCCCUCACGGGACCCAAGUUUCCCGGGGCGGCCGCGGUCCCAGGUACGCGUCUGCCCGCCCGGCGCGUUCCAACCGCUCUCAGACCCCUCCCUCACAGCUCUCCUCCCGAGGAAACUUGACCCUCGCCAGCCGCCGUCGCCGAGCCCCGACCUACUCGUUCGUCGUCCAGCUGCUCGCCAAGCUCAAACUCCUCACGCCGUUACCCAGGCUCAGGGGGCGGGGCCUCGGUAGGAGCCAGCGCGCCUGCGCAGACCGCCCCGCGGAGCUUAGAGACGAGGGGAGGGAAGGCGCCCGGUGUCUGCGGACCUGGACGGCGGCCGGGAAGGGGCACUUGGGGAGAGGGAUGCGUCGGUGCCCUGGAAGCAGGCCUUGGGAAGUAGGGACGGGGUCCUGUAGGCUUAGUUCCCAGAGAGUCAGAGCUAGUGACGUCCUGGGGAGCGGGUGGGAGGCACCAAACGCCGAAGAGGCCUUCGGAACGAACCUGGGACCGCUGCCAGAGCAAGCUCUUAACCGCCCUCUCUCCGGCCCCAUGAGUUUUUAAUAUGCAAGUUCAUGACUCUCUUCCCGCUACACAGACCCCCUCAUCCCUCGGCUACCCACAGUAAUUUAACUUUUUUUCCCCUAGAUUGUGAGAGGUUUGUU